AUGAAUGAUGAAGAUGAGGAGUUUGAAGAUGCUCUGGAUUCCCUCGAAGCGAGUGUAACUUCUUCAAAUGUGCCCCAACCGCGAUCAAGCUUAGUGCCUUCUGCGGAACAUAUUAGUCGACCAGAUGAGCUAUUGUUACCAUCUCAAACAAAGUAUUCUCCUUCCCGUGGUCCAACUUUUCCGUUCCCUGGACCUCAUUCUGUGUCUACACCUCAGGAUUCAGUAGUUGGUAGCAGCCGUAGAGAACGUUUAACAGCGUUUAGAAAUCGCAUGAAAGAAGAGUUUGGUGCUAGAGAGUCAUUCACCCCAGCAGUUCUCCAUGGAGAUAGUGAUGGAAUCAGCAUCAUUAGUGAUACUACAAGUUUGCAUUCAUGGCAUAGACGUGUUCUGGCAGGACCUGAAACUGUUAUUGUCCUACCUUCCGAUAGUGUUAGUACUAGGGCGCCGUCAACAUCUGGGGCGAAUAAUAACUCCUUUGGAUCACCACUCGAGACAGUGAAUAGAAUUUGUACCGUUCCAGAAAACAGUUCUAUUGAUCAUUAUCCUCAAGAACCUACUCACAUUGUACAUAAAAUGUAUAGUCCCAGUUCUAUGGUUUCUUCACCUACAGGACCUCCACCAAAACAUCCUCCUCCUCCGCUUCCUUCUCGUGAGCGUACAGGAUCUGUUGGUUCAAAUCUUGAAUACAACUGUAAAAAGUCAAUUCAGGCUCCUUCCCCUUUGACCGAUUUACGAACGCCUCCACCUCUUCCUCCGAGAAAUCCAUCUAUAAGAUUGCCUGAUCCAGUAGCAUCGGAGGUUGUUGCUCGUUUAGCUGCUCUAGAAGAUGAAAAUAGUCAUACUCCUGUCGCAAUGACGUCAAGUGAUAGCAUUUCCAGUCAGGGAGUGUCCAAUAAAAGUCAAAGGGUAUCCACUAACUCAAACGACUCCAUUAGCUCGAUUAGCGAAAACGGAACACGUCGUAGGGGACAUAAUAAAACUAACUCAUUGGAUAGAGGUCUCACGCUAGCCAAAACUUUGAAAGCUGGACCCUUCCCUCCUCCAUCCAAUAAAUCAAACUCACUUAAACGCCCAGCAGAAACUGAAGGAGAAGAAGGGGAAAGAAACUCUGCCGCGGCAGGGGUUAUAAUGCAGAUCACAACAGGAAUACUACCCGAUAAAAUUCCACCAGAAACUCUUGAACCUAUUACGUCCGGCUCUUCUUCAGUUUCUUCACCCAGUUCACAUGUUUCAAAAGAGAAGAAAAAUGAAACUGAGGCGGAGAGAAGCUCAUAUAUCGAUAACUUGAAUGCGCAUUGUGCCCAAGAAGAGAUAAUUUCCGAGUUCGAAUCUCGAAUGCCUUCCACCUCUUUGUCAUCAUCUAUUGAUCCGAUUACACGUGAUGUUGAGAGAAGGAUGAGUAUGAAACGUGAUGGAACACUGAAUGAUUCAAUUUGGUAA